CCUGCGGGGCGGAGCCACCAAGCCCGGCCUAGCCGACCCGGCCCGAGGUCCAAGCAGAGGGGAAGAGCAGUGCCUGGACCCUGCGCUCGGUGAGCGCCCUCCAAGGUAGGCGAGCCCCGCGAUCUGCGGGCAGGUCAACCCUCCCGCCCCCCAGCUGGACUUCACAAUGACAGCAGUAACAGUGACCACGACAGUUCCCAUGAAGGGGAAGAUAGAAGAUAAUUCUGCCUUGUAUGAGUCCACAUCAGCUUACAUUAUUGAAGAAACCGAAUAUGUGAAAAAGAUUCGAACUACUCUGGAAAAGAUCCGAAAUCAAAUAUUUAAAGAUGAAGUAAGACAUAAUAGUACAAAUCACAAACAAGAUGCAAAGCACUGGCGACACAUUCAAAAUGGCUUUGACUCUGAAAUGGAUCCGUCUUGCCGUUUGGAUCUGCUCAUGGAAAGGAUAAAAGGAAAAGACCUACAGCUCUUAGAAAUGAACAAAGAGAAUGAAGUGUUGAAAAUCAAACUCGAAGCCUCCAGAGAAGCAGGAGCAGCGGCUCUGAGAAAUGUGGCCCAGAGAUUAUUUGCAAACUAUCAAAUACAGUCCAAAGAAGUUAGAAAGAAGCAUGAGGACAGUAGACACUUACUCCAGGUUAACACACUUGAAAAAGAACAGAAAUUGAAGCAACAUGUUGAAAAUCUGAAUCAAAUUGCUGAAAAGCUUGAGGAAAAACAUAAGCAAAUCACAGAACUGGAGAAUCUUGUACAGAGAAUGGAAAAGGAAAAGAGGACACUGCUAGAGAAAAAACUGUCUUUGGAAAACAAGCUGCUGCAUCUCAAAUCCAAUGCUACAUAUGCUAAAAGUUGCCAGGAUCUUCAAAAGGAGAUUUCCCUCCUCCAGGAGCAGAUCUCUCACCUGCAGUUUGUGAUUCACUCCCAGCAUCAGAACCUGCGCAGUGUCAUCCAGGAGAUGGAAGGCUUAAAAAAUAAUUUAAAAGAACAAGAUAAAAGAAUUGAAGAUCUGAAAGAAAAAGUUAACCUACUUGAAGCCCAGAACAAAGAACUAAAAACCAAAGUGGCACUUUGGUAUGAGAUUCCUAGGCCGAAGUUAUCCAAGGCUGUCUCCACAAGUGAAUUGAAGACUGAAGGCAUGACCCCAUAUUUGAUGUUGGUUAGGCUACGGAAAUGAGCCACCUGGCUGAAGAUCUGAAUGAGAAAGAUCACUACCUGCGUCUUAUUUACUCCUUGAAACACAGUCUAAAUUUACAUAUUAAAACUGCUCAAUGCCAGUAUUUAAUGGAAUGUAUUGUAUUUAAUGUAUACAUCAAUAACUUUGCAGGAAGAUGAUAUUUCAGAAAAUCAAACCAACAUAUAUUCAAAGAAAGGAACUCUUUCUUCAAAACUUACUAAUGGAUGAAGAGACCAGAUGCUUUCCCAUGAUGGAAGAUGAAUUUUGCUUUAAACUUAAAAAAGAAAAAAAUGAAUUUUUUUUUUUUUUUGGCAGAUUUUUGCUGAAGGGACUGGUUAAGGUUGUCAACUUUGACCUUUUGAUAGUGGUUUUUAUGUACAGUCAUCCCUAGGUAUCCACAGGAGCUUGGUUCCAAGAGCCCCCUCGGGUACCAAAAUCCAUGCGGAUGCUCAGUGCCGUAUAUAAAAUAGCAGAGUGCAGUUGGCCCUCUGUAUCCAUGGUUUCCAAAUCCAUGGAUUCAACCAGUCAUCAGUGUGGAACCUGCAGGUACAGAGGGCUGACUGUGCAUAAAUAUAAGGAAGAAUAUACAGGAAUGCUUCCUUUUACUGUGCUUCACAGACUCUCUGGUUUUUUUUACAAAUUGAAGGUUUGUGGCAACCUUGCAUUGUCAGAUGAUGGUUAGCAGUUUUUGGCAAUAAAGCGUUUUUAAAUUAAGGUAUGUAUAUAUAUAUAUAUUUAGAUAUAAUGCUAUUGCACACUUAACAGGCUACCAUAUAGUGUAAACAUGACUUUUAGAUUCACUGGGAAACCAGAAAUUUCAUGUGACUCGCUUUAUUGUGAUAUUUUCUUUAGUUUGGUGCUCUGGUGCUGAACCUGCGAUAUCUGUGUGUGUGUGUGAAUAAAUGAUAUAUUUUAAAGUUGA